AUGCCGAAACACGGAGUCAACCCAGAGGGGGUAUCAGAACCGCUCCCCAAGCGUACAAAGUCAGAAUUUGCAUCAUCAUCAGGAUCACAAGGCCCUGCAUUGGAGCCGGCGACCUCGAUCCAAAUUCCUUCUUUGCAUGCCAAUACCAAAUGGACACUCGCUACUAUCGAAAGAACGCGGCCACCACUCCCGGAAAUUCUGGACCCGGCACUCAAGAAGGCGGCACUCACACAUCCUGGUAAAGCUAACAACGAUCCUGUUGCAAGUUAUGAGAGGCUGGAGUGGAUUGGUGACGCCUACCUUGAGCUCAUCGCCUCCUCCUUCAUUUACCAAACUUUCCCAACUUUGCCGGCUGGUAAAAGCGCACAACGGCGCGAGAUGCUCAUCCGCAACACCACACUAGGCGAGUUCUCCGUCUACUACGGCUUGGACAAUAUGGCCGAUAUCCCCGAAGAGUUCAACAUGGAAGGCAGAGUUGGUGGCACGAAUGCAAGCCAGAAAGUCAGAGUCAAGAUUCUCGGAGACCUUUUCGAAGCCUAUGUGGGAGGUGUGAUUCUCUCUGAUCCUGCCAAUGGGAUCCAGCGUGUUUCAGACUGGCUCAAGGCUCUCUGGGGUCCUCUUAUGGCGGAGUAUAUCCGCGAGGAAGAGAAGAAAUCCAAAAGUGGCCAAGCGCAUGAUCCCAAGACCAUACUCGAAGCUGCCAUCGGCGCGAGGGGCGUCAAGAUUGAGUAUAAAGACCUCCCUUCCAAAAACCUCAAGGACAGGGGAACCAAGUUGCCUCUUUUCGCCAUUGGCUGUUUUAUGACAGGCUGGGGCGAGACCAACCUGCAACUCGGGUUCGGAAGUGCUUUGAGCAAGAAGGAAGCUGGGCAGAAAGCGGCUCAGAUGGCCUUGGAGAACAAGAAGCUGCUCAAAAAGUUUACGGACAAGAAGGCGGAGAUGAAGGCCGCGCGGGAAGCCCAGUUGCAGCUGGCAGGAGUAACGUAUCCCCUGAAGAAUAAACCUUCCGCACAGGAAAGCACUGGCGAUGCAUUGUAG